AUGACGGGAUACGCCAUCAAGCUCCCAAAAGAGCUCAAGGAGUCCUUGGCCUCUGAUUUCGACAGCAACUGGGACUCGGAUCGCGACGAUGGGGAGGCCCCGCAUCAGCACGCCGCAGAGAACGCGCCGGCACGCGCCAGCCGCGGCUCGGUUUCGAGCGAGUCCUCGGAGGGAAAAGAGUCUGAUGACAAUGCGUUCGAGGAGAAAGAUCGGCCAAAGUCGAUAGGAAGCCGCCUUAAGCGGAUUCUUAGCACUGACACCAAGCUUUUGAAGCUCAGUGAAAGCGAAGAGGAGGAGAGGUGA